AUGCUUGGAAGCAAUGCUUCGUCAGGUCUGCAAUCAUUAACUGAUAAUCCUCAAUUUACUGGUUUAAGAAAUUUACGUCAAAGCAAAUCGUUGCAUUCAGAAAGUAUAUUAAUUAGUAGCAGUAGCAGUAAUAGUGGAAGUAAUGUAGACAACGGUUGUUCAAAUGGUAUCAUUAACGGUCUAAAUGGGUCUAAUAAUGGAAAUUGUUUAUCUAAUACUUUAGCCCAAACUUCGAGGACAAAAGAAGAUGAUUUAUAUAUUCCAUCAGGCUCAGGGAGAAUAUCAGAUAAAUAUUGGCGUUCUUCAACUGAUUUUUGGAAUGAUCUAGAAUGUGGCAUUGUGUAUCCUGAUUAUUCCUCAUCUAAUUUAGGAAGGAACUCUUAUACUUCUUCUCAGGUUUCAUCUGGACAAUAUACCCACCCUUUUGGAUUGUUUUCUGUUUCAAUACACCCAGUAUUAACGAGAAAAAAUGCUCUCGCGAUUUUUUAUAGUUUUAUUCCCUAUAUUAUUGGCCUUGUAUUAUUCGUAUGGCUUCUUAUUGGCGAUAGUUUUAUACCUGCAUAUGCUCUAAUUAUGAUGUUUGCAUCAUCAGCUUCAAGUGAGUUUUUUCUUAAGAACAUUUUCAAAAGCCCUAGACCACCAAAUUCUGCUUGUGCAUCAUAUGGAAUGCCUUCAAGCCACUGUGUGACUUCAUAUUCUAUAUUAAUGUGGCUCUUACUGGAAAAUAUUAAUGCUCUAGGUUUUGUUUCUGGCUUCCUAUUUAAACUUUCUAUUAUAUUAAUUACUGCGCCUGUACCAUGGGCUCGAUGUGGUACUACGUUUCGUUCGCAUCGAAAAGAUCACGGAUUUUGUGUGAUGUCUAAGGAUGAGGAUGAACUUAGACAGUGCCUAUUAGAUGAGCUGUCUGGAGAAAAUAUUGAUUUGAAUACAAAUAAUAUUGACCAGGAAGUUUUUUUUAAUGAAGACGAUGAAAUUAAGAAAUUCUUUGAGUCGGAAAUAUUUAAUUGCUCAAAAACUGUAGAAAUCUAUGAUCGGGAUGUACCCAAAAAUCACAUUUUAUCUGAAGAUGAAUUAAAAUCUAUUCUAAGUAAAGAAAUUGAUGAUAAAAAAAAAGCUCAGGUUUCAUCUGAAUUGGUUGAAAACCGUUUUAAUAAUAAUGGUGCAAAUAUUUUAAAUAAAAUCCAAAAAUCUAAUAAAGAGUUUAUUGAUAAUGUAUUGAGUUUUAUUGGAAAUAAAUAUUUCAAAACUAAUAAUAAAAUGAAUUUAAAGAGAAGAAUUUCCACUGAAUAUGAUAAUUUAAUGAAUAGUAGUACAAAUUUUAUUCAAGAGGAAAACGAAAAGUCAUUUGAAUUUGAAAAAAGAUCAAUCAAAGAAAAUAGAGAUGAAAGUGAAUUAAGUACUAGUAAUGGUCAACUUCAUUGUUUUAUGAAAAGUAGGGAGGGUAUAGCUUUUGAUAUAGAAGCUUCUGUUAAAUCAAAUCGUUCUGCUGAUAAGUUGGUAUUUAAUCAAGAAAUGAAUAAUAAGCAAUUUAAUGAGCUUAAUAUUAAAGAUUCGUUUUCAUUAAAUAUUGGUAGGGCUAUUACAAAUAAUGAAUCUAUUGAAGAAAUAGAAAACUGUUUAGAUCCUGGAAACUACUUGGAUAGAGGUCAAUACUUUACGGAGAGUGAGGAUUUACAUUUUUCUUACAAUUUUGGUCCAAAAAAUGAUAUUCCAAUUGAUAAGAAAAGUAAUGGAAAGAUCAAAAUAUUUGAUGAUUUUCAGCAAGAACAGGAAAAUAAGUUUAAAUUAAAAAGUUAUAUUGGUCUUUCAAACUCCUCAAGAACUGUUGAGAAAGCCUCAAUUCAAUGGGAAAGCCUGAAUAUGUCAGAAAAGUUGAGAGGAUCUCUUAUAGGAAAAUCUUUUGUGGGAAAUAACAUACCCAUCUCAUUUUCUACAGGAAAUGGGAAAAAGGUAUCCAUUAAUGAAGAAAGUUUGAGCAGAGCAAGGAAAAUAGUGGGUGAAUCCCCUAUUGGGAAAUCUCCAAUUGGAAAUAACAUACCCACCUCAUUUUCUACAGGGAGUGGUAAAAAGGUAUCCAUUAAUGAAGAAAGUUUGAGCAGAGCAAGGAAAAUAGUGGAAGAAUCUCCAAUUGGAAAAUCCCCAAUUGGAAAUAACAUACCAAUCUCAUUUUCUACAGGGAGUGGUAAAAAAGUGACCAUUAAUGAAGAAAGUUUGAGCAGAGCAAGGAAAAUAGUGGGAGAAUCCCCAAUUGGGAAAUCUCCAAUUGGAAAUAACAUACCAAUCUCAUUUUCCACAGGGAGUGGUAAAAAGGUAUCUAUUAAUGAAGAAAGUUUGAGCAGAGCAAGGAAAAUAGUGGGUGAAUCCCCUAUUGGGAAAUCUCCAAUUAGAAAUAACAUACCCAUCUCGUUUUCCACGGGGAGUGGUAAAAAGGUGUCAAUUAAUGAGGAAAGCUUGAGCAGAGCAAAAGAAAUAGUUGGAGAAUCCCCAAUUGGUAGAUCCUCAAUUGCAAGUAACAUACCCAUUUCAUUUUCCACAGGGAGUGGUAAAAAAGUGACCAUUAAUGAAGAAAGUUUGAGCAGAGCAAGGAAAAUAGUGGAAGAAUCUCCAAUUGAAAAAUCCCCAAUUGGAAAUAACAUGCCAAUCUCAUUUUCUACAGGGAGUGGUAAAAAGGUAUCCAUUAAUGAGGAAAGUCUAAGCAUAGCAAAGGGAAUAGUGGGAGAAUCCCCAAUUGGGAAAUCUCCAAUUGGAAAUAACAUACCAAUCUCAUUUUCUACAGGGAGUGGUAAAAAAGUGACCAUUAAUGAAGAAUGUCUAAACAGAGCAAAAAAGUUGGUAGAUCUUGAAAACGAAAUAGAAAAGACUGAAACAGCCUCAAACAAAGAUACAAAAGAACAAUCAUUAAAAGAUAUUAAAUAUGGAAUUAGAUCUAAUUUUUUCGAAAAGACGAAAAAUAAUGUGUAUCCUAAUCUAUUAAAUAGAAAUCAAGAAAAAAAUACUUCUAAUAAAAAAGUUAGAAAAUUCUCAAGAGAAGAAUUAAUAAUACCUGAGUUUUUCAAAAGUUAUGAUAACAUUAAAUACUCACUUGCGUGCUUAAAGUCGAAAAGGGUAAUUUCUCCCACAUUAAUUUUGAUUGAUCACUCAUUAGAAACAUUAAAAAAGUAUACCUUUCUGCUAAGUAAUAAUAAAGAAGCAGAAGAUUCUAAAUUUAAGUAUAUUGAAAUAGACUUUAAGAUGAUCUGUGAUGAAAUUGAGAAUUUCUUUAAUCAGUUCCCAAUUUUUCCAGGUAAUAUGGCUCCAUACAAACAAAGGUGGUUCGAAAUUCAAUAUAUGUUAAUUCUAUACGAAGAAUGUUUAAAGUGGUCCAGAAAAAUCAAAAAUGUAAUCAAAUCAUUUAAUAUUGAUUUUAAUGAAUUGAAUUCUAAUGAAAAAGCAAAAAAGUUGCUUUUUUUGAGCUUAACUCAAAUUAAAUAUCCUUCAGUACAAAAAAUUCUUGGAAGAAUCUGCAAAAGAGCAAUAAUUGAGUUUUUUGAUGCCAAGAGAUCAUCUUUAAUUAAAAUAUGUGAGGGUGAUUUCACGAUAUCUGUACCUUUAAAUUUAAGAAUAUUAAGCUAUACUGAUAAGGAUGUAAUAGAUGGAUUGAACGAUAUCAAUACAAAUAGAAUAAUGAUUUGUACAGAUGGGUGGUAUAUAGUAAAAAUAUUCACAAACUUUACAUUAACAAAAUCUGUGAUUCAAACUAUGCCUAGAAACAUUUUUGUAUGUGGUGGAAAUUGGCUAAACUCUACUAUGGAACAUGGGCACCCAUUGGAAAUAGAAGCUUCAACGCAAGACUUUCCACUCAUGGUUUACGGAAUCAAUUUGAUUAGACCAAUUAGAGUAUUAUCCGGACUUAAACUUGGGUUUCAUCUCAAACCAUUGCUUUUCAGGAUUUCGAAACUUGUAAAUAGCUCGGAAGUUUCAAUAUUAUCAAGAGAAACAAAUGAUAAUGAGAAAAAACCUAGCAAUAUCGAUAAAGGAGGAGGAUUCGCUUUUUUAAUUCAGGUUGUAGUAAUUCAUAUAUUUCCCAUUUGUUAUAAAGAGAUGAUAGAAACUGUACAAGAAGACAGUAGACGAAUUUUCAUUACAAGGGAUCAAAAUGAGAUGGAUAUUUCAAUCAAUAAUGAAAUUUACGAAAUGUAUGAAAAGAGUUUCCAACAGCCAAAGUCUGAUUCAGAAGAUUCCCCUGUUGAAAAUACAAGAAGGAGGAUAUCUUUAGAGUCAAAACUACUAGUGUUGGAUUACUGGAAAUUUAUGAAACUCAGGGAAAAUAACCAACAAAAAAUUGAAAUUUCAGAUCUAAUUAAUAACUGCUCUAUAUUAACUCUUCCUUCAGGAAUUGAUAUAGACGAAAUUACUAAUAUUAAGCCAGGGACUGUACUUCGACUUUCUUGGAUGAAGGUCAUGAAAAAUAAUACAACCAAAAACUUGGGUUGUUCAUUCACUAAAUUGGUUCCAUCUACCAAAACCUCUCUAAGCGCAAAGAAAAGACUCAAAGAUGAUAUCAUUCUUACCAGAGUGCUUGAAUUAGUAAAAAAACCUGUUUUAACCUUUGAAAAUGAACCAGAAAAUAUCAUUAAGUGUAAGGGAGGGUGGCCAAUGUGUAUUUUGGGGUUAAUUCUCCAGGUAUAUCCAAUUGAAGAGAGAAAAAGAGGGUUUGAACACUGUUUUGAAUUCAAACUACUUUUACUCACGUCUAUGGGAUCAAAGGUGUUCGUUAGAGUACAUUCUUUGGGAUGUCAUGACUCAGAUUUGAGAAUGUGUGAAAGAAUAAAUAAUAAACUAAAGAGAAUAUUCAUACAUUCUGGAGAGAUUAAUUAUAAGGAUUUUAUUAUUCUUAUUGAAAACACAGAAUUUCAUUCAUUCGAAAGAUCUACGAAUCUAUAUUAUUUCAAUGCAAAAAUACCUUAUUCAAUAUUCAUAACCCCAUAUAGUUUGGGAGAGAAGCAUUUUUCCGACAUUAAUACUAGAAGAAUGCUCUCAAAAGAGAUAAAGGAUCUAAGUUUUUAUACUAAGUGCAAUAUUCCUAAAUUAUUUGAUAAUCAUAUUUUAGAGAAUUCUCCUCACCAGCCCAUUUGUACUAGCUGUGAAAACAAGCUUUCUGAAUGCAAAUGCAUAAACGGUGAAUUAAUAAUGUUACAAUAG